CUUGACUGGGAAGUCAAGCCAAGAUGAUACGACUCCUUGUGUCCUUGACUCUUCUGAUCGGUCUUCGCGAAGUUGCUCCUAUCGAUGAUGGAGCCAUUAUACGUUUCGUACCAAUUUUUGGAUUGACCUUUUUACCAAUUGGAUUUACCGCGGGACCCAGAUACGUUCCAAAGUGGAAACAACAAGCUUGCGAAGUACCUGCUUCGCAGCAUCCAAACUCUCAUUACGUCUGCGACGAGGCCGGUGAAGUUAAGUGUUUACCAGGAUGGACGGGAGAUUUAUGCGACGUUCCCAUGUGUCGAAAGGGUUGCGACCCUCUUCAAGGUUACUGUCGCCGUCCCGGAGAGUGUCGCUGCAAGCUCGGAUUUUAUGGUGAACUAUGCGACAAAUGCGUAGCACUUCCAGGUUGUCAACACGGGAGAUGCAACGUCAGUUUCGAAUGCGCCUGCGAUCCUGGAUGGAAAGGAUUAUUCUGCUCAGAACCCAUUUGCGGCUCUGAUUGUCAUCCAAGUCAAGGAUAUUGCGAGAAACCUGGUGAAUGCAGAUGCAGAUUAGGUUGGCAAGGAACAAAAUGCAAGCAGUGCGCAGUAUUACCAGGCUGCGUUCACGGAACCUGCCAAGGACCCCUGGAAUGUCACUGUGAGCCAGGGUGGACAGGAUUUUUGUGUCAAAACCCAAUUUGCGCGCAAGGAUGUAGCAAAGAGCAUGGUGGGUGUCGACGACCCGGGACCUGCAGAUGCCGAGUCGGCUGGACAGGACCAAAUUGCACGGAAUGUGUUCCGUACCCAGGUUGCGUCCACGGAACCUGUAGAAAACCAUGGGAGUGCAGAUGUCAACCUGGGUGGGCUGGUGACCUUUGCGACGAGAAGCUUACGUAUUGCGAUAGAAAUCCAGAUACUUGCAAAAACAAUGCUACCUGUAUCAGCAUGACAAAGGAAGAUGGAAACUUCAGAUGCGUCUGUCCAAUGGGCUACAUGGGACGUCAUUGUCAAAUUGAGACUGUGGUACCUGCCAUGGAUUUGACACCUCCAAUGCCAGAUAAAAAUUCGACUCCAGAGCCCACAAGUUCAACAUCAGCAAAACCGUACAGCGAAGUGCUCGGGACCGCGACCAUGCCUCAAGAAACGCACAACUUCACAGAAGAGCUCGAGCACAAGGAUGAGACGGUAGUUUCUGACAAUAACGAAGGACCUACCAUAGAGCCACUGGGACCCAUUGUCAUCACAGAUGCUCCCACAGUGGAUCCGGCAGCCACACUAGGUAUUUGGCCUACGGAGCCACCUACCGAGACACCCGUAACCCUCAAUGACUCCGACAACGAAGCCUAAAGAGUAAACUGAGAUUCUUUGAAAAAUAACUUAUAUUUUCCUUAUAUAUAAUAUAUAUAUAUUUAUUUAUUUACACGACAUAUAAGCAAGAAGCAGGUUUCAUAUCUGACCUGGCUAAUUAUCUAAAUCUGUACUACUCGUUUAUACGAUUCGAUAUUACGCAGAGAUAUCAACUUCGUGUCUGAUCCCAGCAGGAAAACUGUCACGUGCAUACAGUUGAUCUUACUUGUAAUUGGCCAGACUAACAAUUUCGCACGUCGAACCCCCCAUGAGUCAAGAAUCACGUUUCGUUAUAGACAUAGGUAACACGUUUUCAUGGAGCUGCUGUACUAAGUGCAUGACAUUAUUAGGGCACGACGCCAUUCCUGCUCCACGAAGAACGCUAACGGCUAACCAAUAACGAGUAUUCGAGAACUAAGGAUAUAGUAUAGCGAGUAAAAAUAUUCGUAUGAAUUUUCGAGAAAGUAGCUAGAGAAAAAAUUAAUCGAAAUGACGUCACAGUUCAAUUGCCACGCGGUAGGUGUCUACGUAUAAAUAUCCUGACAGUGGGGAUACCCUAGUCCAGAUUGGUACCCCACAUAAACUCAAACUCUCUGCAGAAAGGUUCCGCUCGAGCAGCCACGUAUCCUAUGUACGCCAUCGACUACCCACGUAACCCAUAUAGGUCUCGUACAUUACGUAACUCAUAUAUAGAUAUAGAGACACAUUAUACCGCAACGAGCUCCGCAAUGCAACUGGAGCCGUUUUCGAUGAAAAAUCAAAGUUCCGGCGAGUACCAACUUACUUGCUUGCCUUUCCGCGCCGUUGUAUACAGUUACAUUAUGGACUACAUAUUUCCAUACGCGUACAUUCGUUUACUUCGUUAUCCUUUAUUCAAUUCGAAUAUUUCGUUUACAUCGAUAAAUCGAAUGACGAUCGAUAACAUCAGGUUGACAAUUUCUUACGUCAAUCGUUUCGCUUCCUGAUAAAAUAUUUUACAUACUUUCGUUAUACUAUAUCAUAAUUUAUUUUAUCUACGGUCCUAUUACAUAACCAAUUAUUCGAUUAACCAUUAUUUAUUUAUUAGUUUUAAUUAUUUUGUUCGUACUUGGGGCGACAGUCGCCAGACACACCGUUACCAAUAAAGCUGUAUAAAAAAGA